UCCUGAUUAAAGAGAGCAUCCGGGACAGAGACGGUCUCCCUCCUCCCUCCCCUUGUCCGCACGGCAACCACCACCACCUCCUCCCUCCGAGUCCGACCCCGGACCCCCUCUGCAUGGCCGCGUCCCCGCCGGCGUCCCAGCAGCCGCCGUCGAGCUAGCCCGGUGGUUGACCCAUGGGGGCGGCCGGCCGCGCGUGGUCGUCGCUGCUGGCGCUGUGCCUGCUGCCGGUCCUGCUGCCGGUGCUGCUCCUCUGCCUGCCGCUGCUCUGCGUCGCCGCCGCCGCCGCCCGCUUCCGCCGCCGCCGGAGGAGGCUGCUUCUGGGGGCGGCGAAGAGGGGAGCCUGCUGCCCCGGAAGCGAGCGGCCGCCGCCGGAAGGGGAGGAGGCGGACGACGGGCACCGCGCGGCCCUGCUGCACAAGUACCUCCAGGACCAGGUGGAGCUCGUCGGCGCCGGGGCCGCGGACCGGCCGCCGAUACCGCAGCAAAGCCCGGGAUUGUGGUAAGAGGCGUAGCUGAUGAUUGUGCUUGGACAGAGCUAGAAGUAAAUAGCUGAGCUUGGAUUGGAGAUGGAGGCUGGCUAAAGAGAGGAUUUUUCUCUGGUCCCUGGUGCGGCUGUGCCACUCUGUUUCCUUGUGGGGGAUUCGCUUCUUGAUUCUCCAUCUGUGAAGCUCUCGGUUCAGAGAGAAUUCUGUGUCUGUGAGAGAUGUUCUGACAUGAGACCAGAUAGAUCAUCUCCUGAUGACUGAUCGAUCAGAUGUUUCAGGCAGCCGAAUCAGUGAUUCAGCAGUUACCUUACCUGACAGACUGAAUGCGGUACCUGCUCGAUCUUUCCUCUGUUUUCUUGCUCACGCGGCAUUUAACUACAGCUGCAUGCCAUAGCAGUAGCAUUCUCUUCAUCGAAAAGUUUGCCGCUCUUGAGAUCACUUCCCCAUUAUUUGUACAUGAUAUUUGAACAAAGUUUCUCAAAGCAGAACCGGGGACGAAGAUGAGCAUGAUUUCUCAAGAAGGUAGCACACCGGAUUUUCAGAUCUUAGCAGGGGUAAACCCUUUGAUUUGGCCUCAUGUUUGCCCUUCCUGCGGUCCUUAAUAUUGUUGUUUCGAGCUA